AUGGAUUCAUCAUCAUCGGUAAACAUAGAUGAUGUGGAUGACUUAUUUGAUAUUUGUCUAAUUAUUCACAUGAAAUCUUUGAUUUUAUUGACGAAACAAGCUUUAUGCUGUGAAUGUCAUGGUAAUUACGAUGAUACAAAUUGGAAGCAAGCAUUCGAUAAAUACUUCAUGCCGUUUCUCAAAUUAACCCCUUUUGCUAAAUCAGAAAAAAAGGAUUAA